AUGGUCUUUAUGGCCAUUCUACUCAUACUUCCCACCGCUUCCGCCUCAGACUGCUUCACGUGUCAGGCCGACUACUUCAAAUGUCGCUCUGAAGCUGCGAAGAACCACGCAGACAAACUGUCCCAAUGCUCAUGCGUUACAACUCUUAGUGACUGUUUUGCUACUUCCCAAUGCGAUGACGACUCUCAACUUGUAAAAGUCGAUGGUACUUACCUCGGCUGUGCUCAACCUUCUCCUUCACAAAAAGAAAAAGAGGCGUCCUUGGUAACUACUCCUAUUGCCAUCGUUUGUGUGGUCGGAUCACUUGCUUUCUGGGUCAUUUGCUGCUCUGUCAUCUUAAUCAUCAACAAAUUCCGAAACCCUACAAGGGUCGAGUCUUUUCCAGAGAAGCUUGUUAUCGUGCCAUCAGACCCACAAGACACAGACAAUGGAUGCACUGACGAUUCCAAAGUCUGCCGAAUAUGCCUCGAGAACCAAAAGAAUACCGUCUUCAUUCCGUGUGGGCAUAUUUGCAGUUGCUCAGAAUGUGCUUCUAAGCUUGACAAGUGCCCGAUAUGCAGAGCUCCUAUCACCUCAAUAGUAAAGACUUUUGACGUCUAA